UCCAAACCAGACUCCUUUCUUUGAUCCCCCUUCCCGGGCAGGGAAGAGAACGAAAAUGGACCGCAGAUGGUAGUCGUGGUUGAUUCGAGGAUCUUACGCGGGUGUCUAUAUAUACAUUCCAUUCCCUUGAUUCCAAACUCAGAAAAACAUAGAAAAUCAACAAUCAAACUGAAGAAAAGCCUAAAAAGAUUGGCCUAAAGGAGAGAAAAGUAGCAAAAAAACAUCAAAGAAAUGGCAGAGAAUGGAAUUAAACACCAAGAGGUUGGCCACAAGAGUCUUUUGCAAAGUGACGCUCUUUACCAGUACAUACUUGAAACCAGUGUAUACCCAAGAGAGCCAGAAUCCAUGAAAGAGCUCAGGGAGGUGACUGCUAAGCAUCCAUGGAAUUUAAUGACAACAUCAGCGGAUGAAGGACAGUUCUUGAACAUGUUGUUGAAGUUGAUUAAUGCUAAAAAUACAAUGGAGAUUGGAGUUUACACUGGCUACUCCCUCCUUGCUACUGCCCUUGCUAUCCCCGAUGAUGGAAAGAUAUUAGCAAUGGACAUUAACAGGGAAAAUUACGAAAUAGGAUUGCCCAUAAUAGAAAAGGCCGGUGUGGCUCACAAAAUUGAAUUUAGAGAAGGCCCUGCUUUGCCUGUUCUUGAUCAAUUGGUUGAAGAUAAAAAGAAUCAUGGCACAUAUGAUUUCAUAUUUGUGGAUGCUGACAAGGACAACUACAUUAACUAUCACAAAAGGAUAAUAGAUUUGGUGAAAGUUGGUGGUUUGAUUGGGUACGACAACACCCUAUGGAAUGGUUCUGUGGUGGCUCCACCCGAUGCACCAAUGAGGAAAUACGUAAGGUAUUACAGGGACUUUGUAUUGGAGCUUAACAAAGCCCUAGCCGUUGAUCCUAGGAUUGAGAUUUGUAUGUUACCUGUUGGUGAUGGCAUUACCUUGUGCCGCCGCAUCAGCUGAUCAUUCCAAUAUUCUUUUGUUUCUUUUUUAUUUCUAAGUAUAAAAAAAAAAAACCUUUUCUUUUUUGUUUCUCUUUUGGUUUAUAAUGUAAGGGAGGACUUCCUUUUGAGCUA